UAAUGUUCUUGCUAAUGGAAAGCACGUUGAAUUGCCUCUGUGUAUGAAAUGUGCUACAUAAAUAAAGCUGCCUGGUUAGUUGACUAUAUGAACGUUGAUACUUUUAUUUUGAAAUCCGUAAAAACGGAAAUAAAGUAAAAGCAAUUUCUGGUGUCGUUAGCAGUGUUUUCGUUUCAGCCGCCACCGUGUACCGUGUUGACAACUACCUGGAUGACAGCAUGGAGAACACCGAGACAAACAGCCCCCCACCGCCGUUGCUUUUCUACUAUAAAACAGGAACGCGCGGCGGGCAGAGACACCCGAACCGAGACCCAGCUGAGACAAACGGAACCUUCUCUACCUGGGAACCUGAGACUCCUGGAUGUUAGCUAGCUGAACCGUCAUGGGCGUCAUCAUCUCUCAUGUUUUCUCCAGAUUCGUCUCUAAGACCCCCGUUAGGAUUUUAAUGGUGGGUCUUGACGCAGCAGGCAAAACGACUCUCCUGUACAAAUUGAAGCUGGCAGAGGUCGUCACCACUAUCCCAACUAUCGGGUUCAACGUGGAGACUGUGGAGUUUAAGAACAUCAGUUUCACAGUUUGGGACGUUGGUGGUCAGACCAUCAUCAGACCUCUGUGGAGACAUUAUUACACCAACACACAGGGUUUGAUUUUUGUGGUGGACAGCAACGACCCAGAGAGGAUUAAAGAAGCUGCUGAUGAGCUGCACAGGAUGCUGGAGGAGGACGAGCUGACGGGGGUUCCUGUUCUGGUUUUCGCUAACAAACAGGAUUUGCCUAGAGCCAUGUCCAUCAGUGACAUCACAGAUGCUCUGAGCCUAUCAGGAGUCCCGCAUCAGUGGUUUGUCCAACCCUCCUGUGCCGUCAGAGGGAACGGACUGGUGGAAGGUCUGGACUGGCUCUCCAACCAAAUCCUAAAGAGGUAGCAGCUGAGGUUCUGAUUUACGUUGCUCAGGAUGAGUCUUUAAACGCCUCGUUGUCCACGAAUCCGGAAGGAGCCCAAACACUCACCUGAGCAGUUAGAAGGAAACCAUGUGGGGAAAAUGGUGAAGAUAUACUGCAGGGGUUUCUUACUUUAUGAUUUGUUGCUGUAACAGUACUUUAAGUCAGAUUUUAAUUUUAUCCUUGCUGUUUGGUUCAAAGACCUGAUUUUUUUUAAAGCAAUGAAAUAAAAACAGGAGAAAAUGAAAAAACUGGACUUUUUUAUGUACCAUAACUGUCUUUGUGUCUGAGGCGUUAUUUUAAUUUCUUUUGUGUGUGUGUAUUUGUCUUUCAUUUUCUUUCUUAAUGCAUCAGGUUGAACUUUUAUGAAAAUGUGUAUUUAUUGUAAAAAUGUUCAAAUAUUUUAUAAUAAAGUGGUUAUUAUGGUCAGAUGUUUGAUUUAUUUUGAAAGAAUGAUGUUAAAUUUAAACCUCAAUGACUCUUAAAUGGAGGUGGGGCUUGAAUUGUAAAAUAACAUUGCUGUUAAAGUGGAUUCCAUAUAUACACGAUGUUUGAAAGAGGUCAAAACAUUCUAAUUACCGUUUAUUUUGAUUUUAUAAGUGACUGAUUUUGACACUCUUGCUGAUGUUGAAUAUCACAUCUCAGUAGUUUUCAAACUGUUACAGCGAGUGGUCCAGGUGCUGAAACGAAACAGACAAGCAGCCUCAGAACAUCAAGCUACCACCACCGUGCUUGAAUGUUGGUGUGAUGUUUUAAAUGGUACGGUUGAAUCCAGAUGGAACGGGACACGGAGGAACACCACCCAGAAAGUCUUCAGGAUGAAGAUGUUCUGUGUAAAAGAAAUGCACGACUUUGGGUUGUUUUUGAUCUUUUAGCCUGGUUUCAGAUCGGUUCUGUAGAAGGGACAGCUGCAGGUGCAGUCUAGGUGUAGCUGGUGACACAGGAUUUAUCUUUAUGAUCUGCUUCAUCACAUUUAAUUCAUUAUUUAAAAAGGACAACUUAAUUUUUGCAUAACAACAAUGUAUAUGAUCCUUUUUUAAAUACACGCCCACUAAACAACUUCUGAAGUCCCUGUUUAAGAAAACGUUUAACACAAAAAAUCAGCUGGUUUAAGUUAAUGUUUUUAAUCACCAAAGCCUUUUAUUAAUCAUGACACUGGAACAUCAAUCACAAACAUAUUUACACCAUCAAUCCCAUUUCCUACAUCAGUAAAGUGCAGCUCCAUCACUUUUACACCUGCUUACAGCACGUAACCCCCCCCCCCACAAAAAAAAAAACCA